ACUCUAAUGAGAUGAGCUGCAAUGUCAAAAUGUGGGUCAUGUUUUAUCACCGUUUGACGAUUGUUGCAAUAUGUCAAAGUCCGGCAGACUCAUGACAAGACUGGUCCAGCUACGUUUGGCAACAUAUGUACGAUCCCGUAACUUGUCCUGUGAAAUUCCAGCAAUGUCACUGAAACAUCUUGGAAAAGAGUCUACAUGUCCACCUUUGACUGCGGGUCGCCUUCGAUUGUACAGUAUGAAGUUCUGUCCUUAUGCCCAACGUACCAGGCUUGUGCUUGAAUACAAGAAUAUUCCAUAUGAAACUGUCAACAUCAAUUUGAAGUCCAAGCCAGACUGGUUCCGAGAUCGCUACAUCAACGCUCUGGUUCCCGUAUUGGAGAAGGAUGGCACUGUGAUUUAUGAGUCCAGUGUGUGUAAUGAAUAUUUGGACGAGGUGUAUCCAGAGCCUCAACUUAUUCCCACAAACCCCGUUCUCAAGGCUAAGGACAAGAUGUUAUCAGAACAAUUUGGAAAGGUAACCUCCCUUUUUUAUGAUAUACCAAAGUCUAAGGGAGAUAACUCAUACAACAAAAAUGUACGCAUGUUCCAUUACCAGAUGCAAUUCUACGACCGUGAACUCAGUAAGCGAGGACUCUAUUUUGGAGGCUCUGCACCAUGCAAUGUGGACUUCAUGAUAUGGCCGUGGUUUGAACGACUGGGAGUGAUGACUGUGGUUUCUCCAGAGUCGGCCAUUACUGCUGAUAAAUACCCCAACCUGGCACCAUGGCAGGAGAGAAUGUACACAUUGCCCUGUGUUAAGGACACCUUUGUUAAACCAGACGACCACAUACACUUCUUCAUGACCUUACGUCAAGGAACCCCAGACUACGACUAUGGAUCCUAAUUAUGCUGGAAACUAUGACUGAUUGAAUGAAUGAAAAGGAGCUGAAAGUUUCUAUUCAAAGCAUAAACAAUUACUCCAUAGAUUGUACUAAACCAAGAAAUUAAAAAAAGUAAAAUGAU